GUCAAGAAGCAGAUUGAGCAGGAGAAAACUGAAAUCCAGGCCUCCCUGGAGGAAGCUGUGGCCUCCCUCGAACAUGAAGAGGGGAAGAUCCUGCGCCUCCAACUUGAGCUCAACCAGGUGAAGUCAGAGAUUGACAGGAAGAUAGCAGAGAAAGAUGAGGAGAUCGACCAGAUGAAGAGAAACCACCUCAGGAUUGUGGAGUCCAUGCAGAGCACCCUGGACGCGGAGAUCGGGAGCAGGAACGAAGCCCUGCGGCUGAAGAAGAAGAUGGAGGGAGACCUGAAUGAAAUGGAGAUCCAGCUGAGCCAUGCCAACCGCCAGGCUGCUGAGGCCCAGAAGAACCUGAGGAACACACAGGCUGUGCUGAAGGAUACCCAGAUACACUUGGAUGAUGCUCUCAGGACUCAGGAGGACCUGAAGGAGCAGGUGGCCAUGGUGGAGCGCAGAGCAAACCUGCUGCAGGCUGAAAUUGAGGAGGGAGCCCGGGAGCAGACGGAGCGCUCUAGGAAACUGGCUGAGCAGGAGCUGCUGGAUGCCACUGAACGUGUGCAGCUACUCCAUACCCAGAACACCAGCUUGAUCAACACCAAUAAGAAGCUGGAAACAGACAUCACACAAAUUCAGAGUGAAAUGGAGGACACAAUCCAGGAAGCCCGCAAUGCUGAAGAGAAGGCCAAGAAGGCCAUCACGGAU